AUGGCAGGUUGGAGGGCCGAGGCUUGCAGGGCAAUAGGCCUCGCCAUCGCCCCUAGCACGCGAAGAGGCUAUGAACGGUCAGUUCGCCAAUUCGAGGAGUUUAGAAAGCUAGAGGGCUAUCCCAGGGUCUGGUCCAUUACGUUGGAGCAGCUGAUGCAUUACUGUGUUUAUUUAAAGGAUGCUGGUUUGGCUGUUAGCUCCAUACAGGGACGUCUUUCUGCCCUUGCAUUCGCUAGCAAGGCUAUGGGUUUUAAGGAAGUCUCUGGGGACUUUCAGAUCAGAAAAAUGUUGGAAGGCUGGACCUGGGAAAGAGGGGCUGUAAAAGACCAGAGGCACCCUAUUUCACCUUCAGUGCUGAAGGGAUUGCAAGCAACAUGGUCCAGAGUGUGCAGUUCCGGUUUUGAAGACUGCCUGUUCCAUGCGGCUUCGCUGCUGGCAUUCAUUGCGGCGCUUAGAGUAAGCGAACUUGUAGCGACGUCCAAGACUGACCAGUCAGGCAAGUCUUUGCACAUUCGGGACCUUCAAUUUAAGGGAAAGGAGGUGCACAUCACUAUUAGGGGAUCGAAAACUGACCAGCGGCAUAAUGGGUCGGUGGUCAAGUUGGGUGUCUGUUCCGACUCUGAGCUAUGCCCUGUAUUGGCUUUGUCUCAGUACAGGGCUUUUAGGGGCAUGGCGGACAGAUACCUCUUUAUCCAUGCUGAUGGUGGUCCGCUGACAAAGCACCAGUUUUGGGCUUUGAAAUUGAAUGUGGCACUGGUGCAUUUGCUGCUGCACCAAGUAGCAGGCAAGACAGAUACAGAGAAAUGUACCGUUGGUGAUCCUCUCCAUGUCCUUCAUAGGUAUUUUCAGUCAGGUGAUCUCAUCAUAGGUGGCAUUACUUCCCAGUUCUUACUGCCUUUUGUUGAGGAUAACUUCAGACAACACCCUCGUCAAUCAGAGAUUGGUGAGAACAUUGUACUGACGAAAAACUACCAGCAUAUUUUGGCUUUGGUAUUCGCGGUGAAGGAGAUCAAUAAAAAUCACCAGAUCUUACCCAACAUCACUUUGGGCUUCAACAUCUAUGACAGUUAUUUUGAUGCAUGGCGGACCUAUCGUGCCACACUAGGUCUUCUUUCAACAUACAACAGAUUCAUCCCCAACUACAAGUGUGGUAUCCAGAAUAACCUGAUUUCAGUCAUUGGAGCUCUUUACACUGAAACCUCCCUCUACAUAGCAGAAAUUUUGGGCAUCUACAAAGUUCCACAGUUCACUUACGGGUCUGUGCCAAGGAUGAAUGAUGAAGCAGAGACCAUUUCCUUCUACAAAAUGGUCCCUAAUGAAGCCUAUGAAUAUACUGGGAUUCUCCAGCUACUACUGCAUUUCAGGUGGACAUGGGUUGGAGUCCUUGCAGCAGGUGGUGACGUCGGAGAAAGAUUUGUGCAGACAAUAAUUUCAGUUUUCCCCCUCAGAGGCAUCUGUUUUGCCUUCUUAGGAAGACUAAUGACACUUUAUAUGGGAAACUUUCUUGAAUUCAUGAAUUCGUUGGUGUCAACAUAUAAUAUGUUCACAGAAAGCAAUGCUAAUGUAGUCAUUGUUUAUGAGGAACAUAUGAUACAUUUGAGAUGCUUAUUAUAUUUACCAGAAAUGGGAAUGGUGACCAUGGAGCCUAAAGGUAAAGUGUGGAUUAUGACCGCUCAAAUGGUGUUGAUGUCAUUGAUUUAUCAAAGGAGUUGGGAUAUACAAGAUAUCCAUGGUGCUCUGUCCUUCACAGUUCAUUCAAAUGAAGUUCUAGGAUUCCAGGAUUUUCUUCGGACCAGAAACCAUUUCUGGACAAAAGAAGAUGGCUUCAUCAGAAACUUCUGGGAACAGGCAUUCAGCUGUGUAUUCCCAAAUCCAUUUGUUAGCAAGGAAAGUGAGAAAACUUGUACUGGAGCAGAGAAGCUGGAGAGCCUUUCAAAGUUAUUGUUUGAAAUGAACAUGAUGGGCCAGAGCUACAACAUCUAUAAUGCUGUCUAUGCCAUAGCACAUGCUUUACAUGCCAUGCAGUCAUAUCGGCACAAACACAGAGCAAGUGUUGACAGAAGGAUACUGAAUCUUCAGGAUCCACACUCAUGGCAGCUGCACCACUUUCUACGUGAUAUCUCUUUUAACAACAGUGCUGGAGACAAGAUUUCCUUUGAUCAGAACAGGGAACUGAUAGGGGGAUUUGAAAUCAUGAACUUGCUCACUUUCUCCAACCAAUCAUUCCACAGAGUGAAAGUAGGAAGACUGGAUCCCCACGCUUCCCAAAACAACAUGCUCACCAUUCAUGACCAAUCCAUCACGUGGCAUAGCAGUUUUAAAGAGAAAUUGCCUGUUUCUCUGUGUACUGAGAGCUGCCAACCGGGUUAUAGGAAGAGAAGGCAGGAAGGGAAGCCAUUUUGUUGUUACGAUUGUAUUCCCUGUACAAGAGGAAAGAUUGCAAGCCAGAAAGACAUGAAUGACUGCUUUAAAUGCCCAGAAGAUCAAUAUCCAAAUAAGGACCGUGAUUCAUGCAUUCCAAAGAAGAUAAGCUUCUUGUCAUAUGAAGAUCCCCUGGGGAUCAGUUUAGCUGUUUUGGCACUUUCAUUUUCUUGGCUCACCAUUUUGAUAUUGGGAAACUUUAUGAGGUACCACAAUACUCCCAUCGUCAAAGCCAACAACCGCAAUCUGACUUAUGGUCUUCUCAUCUCCAUCCUGCUCUGCUUCCUUUGUGCCUUGCUAUUUAUUGGGCAGCCUGAGAGGGUGACAUGCCUCACACGACAAAUUGCUUUUGGCAUCAUCUUCUCAAUAGCUGUAUCUUGCGUGCUGGCAAAGACUGUCACUGUGGUUCUGGCUUUUAUGACCACCAAACCAGGGUCCAAGAGUAGGAAAUGGGUGGGGAAGGCCUUAGGUAACUGCAUUAUUCUUUCCUGCUCACUUAUCCAAGCAGGCAUUUGUGCUAUAUGGUUGGGAGUCUCUCCCCCAUUCCCAGAUGUUGAUGUCAAUUCCAUGAGCGAAGAAAUCAUCUUGGGAUGUAAUGAGGGAUCACCUACUUUGUUUUACUGUGUCUUGGGCUAUAUGGGCUUCUUGGCCUGUGUCAGUUUCAUGGUGGCUUUCCUUGCCAGAAAUUUACCUGACAGUUUUAAUGAAGCCAGGUUUAUCACAUUCAGCAUGUUGGUGUUUUGCAGUGUUUGGUUAUCCUUUGUUCCAGCCUAUCUGAGCACCAAGGGAAAAAACAUGGUAGCUGUAGAGAUCUUCUCUAUCUUGGCUUCCACUGCUGGGUUGCUAGGUUGUAUCUUUUUCCCUAAGUGUUACAUCAUCAUGUUUCAGCCUGAGCUAAACAACAGGAAACAGCUAAUUAAAAGAACAACAUCAAUAUGUGCCAUUAAAGUGUAUAUGUAG